AUGGUGAACAACCACCCCGCCCCGGCUCGCGCUCCCCCUAGUCAUCAGGUAUUCCCACCGGAAACCUUCCCAGUACCGCAGGGUACGGUGGACAUGGAGUGGUUUGAGAAGAACGCACCUGUGGGUACUGUCAAUAGAGAGUGGAUGAUGAGGCAUGCGCCGCACGGAACGGACAUAGAGUGGAUAAAGAAGAAGUCGAAGCAAUUUUCGGUCCAUGGGCAGGAGUCUAUACUGGAUUACUAUAGGAGGAAGUAUGGGGACCCGAUACCGAGUCGGAAAGAGAUGGAGAAGGAGAAGGAGCAGGUGGAAAUUAAGGGAGAGGAGAAACAGCAUCAGGGGGUGGUGGAGGAUAAGGAUACGGGGGAGGGACCAGAGUCGAAUGCAGGACGAGAGCGAGUGAGGUCGAGAUCGGGGUCAGGGUCAGGGAUAAUGGUGGAGGUGAUACCGGGGGCAGGAGGGAUAAGGGGAAAGCUAGGGUCGAGGUUGGAGCUGCCAGAGACCGAACCAGUACGAGUACGAGAACUAGACCCUUUUUACACUGGUACCACUGCAGAUGCCUUAAACAAAACUGUCACGCGUCCAGCAACGAAGUUCGAAGAACUUUUUAUGGUCUAUCCUGUUCUUCAGACUAUUUUCAAGAACUUCUCGACUCGCGAGGUCUUGAAGUUAUGCCUCACAUCGGUGCAUCUCUUCCAUAUAAUAAAAGGAUCUUUCCAUGCUUUCUCGAACCAUAAAACCCCUUACACGGGUAUCAUAUUGAAUGGUACAGAGUUCACCGAUCAAAACAUAAUGUACGACUUCUUUUAUCAACAGGGCGAAUUGGAUCGUUUCCUUUUUUCAGAUGUCGUUGAAUGGUCAACAAUCAAACACUUGGUCCUUGAUAUGACACCUCUCAAUCUCGAGAUACUGGCAGCUAUUGCCGAAUGGUCAAGUUUGAUAACGCUUAGUGUAAAGUAUUGCACGAAUCUUACUCUGGACGAUAUCCAAGUUCUUCUUGAUCCAGACAAUUCUCGUCGCUAUGAUGCGCUUUACUAUACACACCUCCCAAAUUACAAUCAAUCUUCCCAGCAGCUGGGCCCACGCAAAGGGCUUCUCCCUGACCUGGAGCGUUUAUGCAUAUGGGGCCUCCCAAAAACAAGUUGGCAAUAUAUUCCUGACUCAAAAUAUCUCACUCUCGAUACCAGAAUCGAUGCUCGCGCCACAAGAGCCUACAGAUUCAUUGUAAGAUAUUGUGAAGAGAAAGGGAUCAACCUUGAUUCAGUCCCUUGUGGAAAAUUAAACCACCAUCGCUCGAAAUGCUUUGGUAAAAAAACGAGACUGAGAUUGUGGAAAUCGAAUCCCGAGGAUGAGUUCUUUGGUGAGCAGCCAUUCUCCGAGUCGUCGAUAUGGAUGUGUGAAAAGUGGAAGGCACGGUGUUACGUUUGUGGGGAGGUCGAGGAAAUUGCGCAAUGCGCCUAUUGCGAUUCUCUGCGCCAGAGGAUGUACCAACGUGGAUUCUGUAGACAAUGUGAUCGUUAUGUCUGUUCUAAGUCGGAAUGCGAAGGGGUGCAGAAUAUGUGUACGGAGUGUGGUAAGAGUUGCUUAAAGUGUCGUAUGGCUGUCCAUCCACAUAAUACCUGUACGAUGUGUAAAGAGUGGAAGUGCAGACUCCAUGCCUCCAAUAGUUUACAGGAGGCUUGCGAAAGUUGCAAUUACAGUCGCUUUUGCGACAAUUGUAGAACCGAAUAUACAAAAGAUACAGCGAUGUCAUUUUGCUGCGUCUGUAGGCGUGAUGUUUGUGAUAGCUGUUUUACCACCUCCCCAUUCUGCGAUAAAUGUAUCCAUGGCAUAUGCAAAAACUGCCGCGAGUGGAAGGAUACUUAUGGGCCUACAAAUUGGGACAAACCAAACGCUAAAAGACUUUUCAGAAAGUUUUCCCUUAAGCACUUACCUCUGGUCAGGCGCUAUAAGAAAUGGUGCUGCGGUUUCUGCUUGGAUACACUUCGGGAAAAACUUGAUAUAUUUAAAAGGUUUGGAAGGUAUCCGGAGGGGGAGCAUGACGAUUUUCUUUCGGAUCCGGAGAGUGCAACGGAACAGGAACAGGAAGGGGAGGAAGAAGAGGAAGAAGAGGAAGAAGAGGAAGAGACUGAUGAAACAGACGAUGACGACUACGGCGGGAUGGAUCCAGAAGAGAUUAGCAUCUUGAUAGAUAAGGAACCGAUCAGAAAAAGCGAUUUUCAUCCUCAUGCCCCAUGGAACCAAGAGAUCACGGACGCUGAGGUUGAGGAAUCUAUGGCCCAUGGUACGGAUGAGUAUGGGGAUUAUGAGGAUGAUGAGGAUUAUGAGUACGAGUGGGACGAUGAUGAGUAUGACGGCGACGAGGAAAACGAGGGCUACGAGAGCGGGAAGGGCGACGCGAACGGUGAGGGCGACGUGAGCGCUGAUCAGGGCGAUACGGCUAGCCAGGAUAGCUUUGAUGAUCCUUCCGCGCCGUGGAACAAGUAA